CAGCUCCGGCCUGAAUACGCUUCCUUAGCAACGGGUCGCCCUUGGCAACAAGAGGACGCAGGCAGGCAGGCGGGCUAGGUUUCCCGCGUGUUCCUGGCACCUGCGUGCGGUGGGAGGCACAGGCCGAACCAUGUCGGAGAUCCUGUGCCAGUGGCUCAACCAGGAACUGAAGGUGUCCCAGACCGUGAGUCCCAAGUCAUUUGCAAAGGCAUUUUCCAGUGGCUAUCUAAUUGGAGAAGUUUUGCACAAGUUUGCACUUCAGGAUGAUUUUGCAGACUUUUCAGAAAGCAGGAUUUCAAGUGCCAAACUUAACAAUUUUUCUCGCUUGGAGCCCACCCUUCACCUGUUGGGUGUGCAAUUUGAUCAGAAUGUGGCCCACAAUAUCAUCACAGAGAAGCCUGGGGCUGCCACGAAACUCUUAUAUCAGCUGUACAUUGCUCUCCAGAGGAAAAAGAAAGGGGUUCAGACUGGAGUGGAAAUGCCAACCGUACAGCCCCUGAUGAGCACAAAAGUUCAAAACAUGAAAAGCGAGGCUUUUAGAGAUCAACGCUUGAGCAGAAGACGACAAAAUGAAAUCAUGGCCAAAAUCCAAGCAGCUAUCAUACAGAUUCCUAAACCCGCAUCAGAUCGUACUCUGAAAAUACUUGACACCCAAAAAUUAAUGAAAAAGAAAAGAGAGGCAGAGGAUGUGGCCAAUGAAAUUAAGAAGUUUGAAGCAUUAAUAAAAAAGGAUCUCCAGGCAAAAGAAAGUGCAUCCAAGACAUCUCUAGAUACAGCAGGCCAGACAACCACCGAUUUGUUAAACACUUAUUCAGAUGAUGACUACAUUAAAAAAAUCCAAAAGCGCCUUGAAGAAGAUGCUUUUGCACGAGAGCAAAGGGAGAAAAGACGGCGGCGACUCUUAAUGGAUCAGUUAAUAGCUCAUGAAGCCCAAGAGGAGGCUUAUCGGGAGGAGCAGUUGAUCAACCGGCUGAUGCGACAAUCCCAGCAGGAACGCAGGAUCGCUGUGCAGCUCAUGCACGUUCGGCACGAAAAGGAAGUUUUAUGGCAAAACAGAAUUUUCAGAGAAAAGCAAUAUGAGGAAAGACGGCUUAAAGACUUCCAGGAUGCUCUUGAUCGAGAAGCGGCUUUAGCCAGACAAGCCAAGAUUGACUUUGAAGAACAAGCCCUCAGAGAUAAGGAAAUUCAUGAGCAGAUUGCCAUGGAAAGAGCUCAAGCUCGUUACAAAAAGCAUUACUCAAUAUGUGCAGAAAUUUUGGAUCAAAUACUUGAUUUGUCCACUAAGGUGGCAGACUAUCGAUUGUUGACAAAUAACCUGAUCCCAUAUAAGUUGAUGCAUGAUUGGAAGGAACUGUUUUUUCAUGGAAAACCCAUAUAUGAGCAAGCCUCUCUUAGACAUUUACCAACUAAGCUCUCUGCAGAACACCUUGUAGAACUGGAGAAAAGGAACUUGCUAGAUAACAAUGAUUAUGAAGAAUAUAAGAACAUGGUUGGAGAAUGGGCCUUACCAGAAGAAAUGGUUGAAAACGUACCACCCUCCAACAAUUGCAUAUUGGGCCAUGUGAUUCACAGACUAAUUGAAAGUUCUCUUCCUCCUCAAGUUGAACCUACAGAACCUGAGUUACCUUCAUUUGCUAUAAAAGGAUGCUUGUUGGGGAAAACCUUUAGUGGAAAAACUACAGCUCUAAAGGCUCUAGAAAAAAGCUUUCCUAUUCAGGUACUUUCUAUCGACACUCUUGUUCAAGAAGCUAUCCAAGCAUUUCAUGACAAUGAAAGUGUCAGUGGGGCCCAGGGACUUCAGAAAGCACCCGAAGAAAAGGCUUUACCAGUUAGGCAAAAGAGUGGUAAAGAAACCCAGGCAUGUACUUCCUCCCCAGAGGAUGUGCAAGAUGUAUCUUUAGCUGAAGCACUACCAAAAAGAGAAGAUAAAACCAGACUUGAUACUGAUGCCAGAAAAACAGCAAAAGCUGAAGAAGUCGUAGUAAGUGAUAGUUUCUCUGAACUCACUGUGCGUGCUCAGCUUGGUGCAAAAUCAGAAAGGCUGCUGAAGAAAGGAAAGAGCAUAUCUGAUAUAUUGCUAGUCAGCAUCAUGGUAAAUGCCAUUAAUCAGAUACCUAUACAUAAAGGCUGGAUCCUGGAUGGCUUUCCAAUGACAUUAAACCAAGCAGAACUUCUGGAGGAAGCACUCACAGGCUACAACAGAAGCCUCAUAGAACUGCAGGGAAAGAAAUCACAAACAUCCACAUUAGCUGUUGACCCUACAGCUUCCAAAGAAGUGCCUCGCCCCCCUUCUGCAUUUGAUUUUGUCAUGUUAUUAGACAUUUCAGAUAAUUCCUCACUGAAUCGCAUGAAUGACAUCAUGGCUGAAGCAUUUUCAAGUGACGCUCCUCAUGAAGAUAUCAAUCAGCGUGUAGCGGCUAAAAACAAAGGUACAGAUGAGGACCAGAAUUUAAGAGAUCAAAUACAGCACAGAAUUGUAGGCUUCCUUGACAACUGGCCUUCAUUGGAGCAGUGGUUUACAGAGCCAGAAAACAUUUUGAUAAAAAUCAAUGCUGAAGUAGAUAAACAGUCACUGUGCCAAAAAGUAAAGGAAAUGUUUAUGACUGAACUAAUGAAGAAAGAAAAUAAAGUGAAAAAGAAAUUAGAAGAAAAGGAAGCUGAGAGAAAAGAAGAAGUUUCCCUGACUGAGAAGAUGUCCCCACCUCCUCCUCCCCCUCCGGAACCGGAAAAAGAGAAGGACGUCCACCUUCCACAGGAGCGGUCCAAAACUCCCGCUGCAAAAGGAAAGCAAGCAUCAGAGCCCCCGCAUGGUAAUCGAGAACCUCUUCAGGAAGGAAAAGGGAAGAAAAGUGAAACUUCACUCAAAAGAAAAGGUUCUCCUAGAGGAAAAUCACUAGGAGGGAAGAUUCCACUCAAGAAAUCACCUGCCGAGUCUACAGAUGUUUCACCGGUCCCAGUAGUGCCAGCCCCAUCGAAGCCUGGAUCAGAGGAGUGGGUGUAUGUAAAUGAACCAAUUCCUGAGGAAAUACCAUCAUUUUUAGUACCAUACUGGAAACUGAUAGAAAGUUCCUAUAUAAAUUCCAUCAAAACAGUACUCAGGCAGCUGAGAGAAGGCCAGCAUACCGUAUUUGCUUACUUAUAUGAUAUUAGAACAAGCUUCCAGCAGUUUCUGAGGCGUCCAGACCACAAGCAAGACUUCGUGUCUCAGUGGCAGGCGGAUUUCAACUCCCUUCCUGACGACCUAUGGGAUGAUGAGGAAACAAAGGCUGAGCUACACCAAAGAGUGAAUGAUUUACGGGACCGCCUGUGGGACAUUUGCGAUGCCCGCAAGGAAGAAGCAGAGCAGGAGCGUCUGGACAUCAUUAAUGAGAGCUGGUUGCAGGACUCGAUGGGAAUCGCCAUGAACCAUUUUUUCUCACUGAUGCAGGCAGAAAUGAACCGUUUCCAAGAUACGAAGAGAUUCCUGCAAGAUUAUUACAGGGCCAUGGAAUGUAAAAUUCCAAUGGAUGACACUAAGAGAUUCACUCGAGUCCCACUGGUCCAACUGGAUAGUAAAGAUAUUUUGGAAAGCCAAUUUAGAAUUCCCCUGGUUCCUCGAAGAUCCAUUUCUCCAGAGUCAGCUUUAUCCAAGCCAAAAACAAAAAGCAUCCUGAAGGGCAAGAUCGAUUACACGCUGGAAAGUGUAGAGUUAAACUUUGAGGCCAAUGAGAAGAUGGUGAUGGAUACGUGGCAGCAGUCUUCUUUGGCAAUAUCUCACAUGGUGGCUGCUGAAAUUCAUCAGAGGCUCAUGGAAGAAGAAAAAGAAAACCAGCCAGCAGACACAAAAGAAAAACCUCCUCAGGCGGCUGCAAAUAAAAAAGUGAAAAAGGAGCCUCCACCACUGCCGCCGCAACCCAAGAAAAAAAAAGAGGACAAAAAAGGAAAAGGUAAAUCCCCACCUAUGGCAGAAGCUGCUCCUGUAGUAGUGCCGGCAGAAGAGACUGAGGAAGUGGAAGUAAAAAAUGAACUGAAGCUCAAAAUAAAGGAAGAGCAUCUUGCCGCCCUGCAAUUUGAAGAGAUAGCUACACAGUUCCGACUUGAACUGAUAAAGGUAAAGGCAUUGGCUUUCCUGGAAGAGUUAGUAAUAAAGGCGGUCGAUGUAUAUAGACUCAUGGAAAAGUGGCUCGGUGAGAGGUACUUGAAUGAAAUGGCCAGUGUGGAAAAACUAACUGGGGUAGCUCGCUAUCACAUUGAAACAUCAACCAAAAUUCAGAAUGAACUUUAUUUAGACCAAGAAGACUUCUUCAUUAAUGGCGAUAUCAAAGUCUUUCCAGAUCCACCUCCUCCGGUACGCCCUCCACCUGUGGAAAAGGAGGAAAACAGCACUCUGACCAUCAAGCAGCUUGACAGCCUCCGGGAUCAGUUCUUAGAUAUAGCACCCAAAGGCAGGGAUCCUCCAGACGAUGUGAGUGGAUUCACCAAGAAGCAGAAAAGGCCUCGGAAGCUUGACCAUUACCUCCCAAAGAGGAACAAUCAAUUUUUGAAAAUUUGGCUUAAAAAAUACCCUUGGCUUGUAUACGAUGAGAUACUAAAUCUUAUGUUCUGCGGCCUGUGUCGUAAACAUGGAGUGACAUCAAAGGGAAAUCAGGUGAGUUUUUUUUACGGCACGGAUAACUUCAGGACUGAAUUUCUCAACGCGCAUCAUCUGAGCGAGGCUCACGCCAAGGCGUCCCUCAUGGAAGCCACGAGUGGUUCUCCAGGGAGCAGAGCGACCACGGAGCUGAUGGUGAGGACCAUGAGCAAGGUGACCCUCGGCCGGGUGGAGAACCUCUUCCGGUCCUGCCACGCCAUCGCCAAGACCGGACGUCCCCUCAAAGACUUCCUCUGGAUGUGUUCGCUGGACGAUAUGAAGGGCGUUGAUAUCGGCCCCGUGUUCAGAACCAGUAAAUCUGCCAGAACUUUUACCUACUUUAUUGCUGAAGUGGAACGGAGAACUCUAAGAGAGAAGUUAGAAAAAAGUCAGUUCUUCUCCGUCCUCAGUGAUGGGAUCGCAGACAGUUCCGUUGAGGAAGCUGAACUGGUGUAUGUGCAGUUUGCACGCGCAGGGAGAGUGCACUGCCAAAUCGUCGGGGUACAGACAGUGGAAAAGAAGGAGCCCCGGGCGAUAAAACGCGCCAUCGAGAAAACUCUAGAGAGAAAUCUUCAACUUCGACUGUCGAACCAAGAGUGGGCAAAGAAACUGGUGGGUUUCGGAAGUGAUGGAGCUCCGGGUUCGGAGGGAGAAGACGGCGGUGAGGUGGCCCUGCUCUUAAGGGAAAUCCAGCCAGGUGUGCUGUCUGUAUACUGCUUUGCCCAUCACCUCGAACUGUCUUACCAGGCGGUGUUCCGGAGCGUUCCCCUCUACAACCACGUGAAAGACCUUCUUCAUAGCAUGUACCGCUUCUAUCACGAUUCUCCUGCUCACAGGAGUGCUCUGGUCACUGCUUUCAAGGGCCUCCACCUUCGACCUGUGAUGCCCUCUCAAGUCAGAGGCCGGAGGUGGCUUCAGGGAUUGCAGGCUGCCCUCCAGAACUUUCUCAAGGGAUAUCCAGCAAUUGUCCAGCAGCUGCAUUCAGCAGAAGAAAGCAGAAGUGACAGCAGUCAUCAGAAAGCCAAAGAAUUCCUGGAGUCUCUCCUCCAGGCAGAUGUUGUCAAAUUUGUCCACUUCUUGGUGGAUGUUGUCAAUGUCCUUAGCAUACUGUCCCAUGUCAAUCAGAACAGAAAUUCUUCAAUUGCUGAUAUAUUUGCCACCUUAGAGUCAACACUGGAAAUGCUCCGAAUUUAUCAGGCAAGACCAGGGCCGAAAGAACGUGGGGUGGAUUCAGUCACACACUUUUAUGGUAACUGCCUGGAAGGAAAGGGAAACAUUUCUGACGUGAGAAACACGGUUUUAACACAUCUUAUCAAGAGGCUGCGAAGCUGUUUCAGAGAUGCCAACCAAGAUGUGGUGAAGGCAACCACGAUUGGAAGCUUUAAACUGUGGCCAGCAAAAAUAAAUCAAGAAUUUGGAGAAAAAGAGGUGGCCAUCCUGAUUGCACAUUAUGAACCAGUAUUAGAGGCAGCCAAGGUGAAAAUUGACCAAGUAGACACAGAAUGGAGCAUGAUGAAAUUGGAGAUCUACUCUAGAUUUCAGAACAUUCGCAAACUGACCUGGGAUUUUGUGAAUUCUGUUUAUUCACACAAGUAUCCAAACAUCCUGACUCUCAUUGACCUCGUGCUGAGCCUGCCUGCCAGUUCAGCUGAGGCAGGACGCGGCUUUGGUCAGAUGAAGCGCACCAGGUCCCAAAUGCGUGCCAAGGUCGAGGCUGACAGCAUGACGGAUCUCCUGAUAAUCCAGUUGAAUUCUCCGGACAUUAACAACUUUGACCCUAGGAAAGCCAUUCAUUUAUGGAAUACAAGAACACCAUCCUCAACUGAUGACACAAGACCUAACUCAGAUUGCUCAUCAAACUCAGAAAGCCUUGGUGAAAGCGACUAGUAAUGUGAUAAAUAUCGACCUCAUCAUUGAUCCUAGCAAAAAGAACUGUUUUCAAAAACCUGAAAUUUAAAAGUCACCAGUCCUCACAUCAAACACAAAAGGCAUUUGGCAUCAUCCAGACAUACAAAGCAAAAAUCCAAAGAUUGGUUUUCCUAAUUCUAGUUCUAUAUUCACACAUUCUUUCACACUCUUUGGGUGAAGUGUAUACCUAAGCAAUGGUACUAUCUUGACAUCAUCUUUCUGAGAGUUAUUGCUAAGGGUAACCAGACUAUAAUUAUGAUCAAGAGUGCCUUUAGGCCUGGCUUACAAUUAACUGUUUUUCCUGGAUAAUUCUAAUGGAUGGCUGCAUUAGAUAAGUAACUUAGGGCCAAAUGGAAAUAACUUUUUUUUAAUCUGUAAAUAAAAUGUGUAAGCUUAUCUAUUUCCAUUACUGCAUUAUUUGUGAAGGUCAUAUUAUUAUAUGCCUUGAUCAUUUAAGAAACAAGGCCAAAGAUCAAAAUAGUUUUUGCAUUUCACACUAAAUUCCGCAGAUAAAUAAACCCUAUGUGAACUGAAAGUAUUUUCUUAGAACACUUUGCUUGUGCCAUAGGUAUUAGAGACAGUGGAACUAUUUUACAAAUCUACCAGAAAUUUUAAAUACUUUGAGCCUCUUCAUGGUUUCGAUUGAGUUUAUUUCUGGUUUCAUUUUAAGGAACAUGAAUGAUUUAUUUCUAACUUAUCUGAAAACCAAUGUAGUAUCACAUACAAAGCUCAUUUUACCAAAAAUUCCACUACCUGGGAAAGUUAUUCUCAUUUCUAUAAAGUUGGAUAUUCAGGUUUGGUCAAAAAGGAUAGAGAAUUUGUUUCUGAACAACUUGCUGAAUGGCCAGUCACAUCAAAGAAAGACAUAUUCUACUCUUGCUACACAGGAAAUUACCUUCCAGAUCUGAAACUUGUGUAUUUUAUUUGAACCACUGAAAUUUUAAAAUGAUUACUACAUUUCCCCAAAGGUUAGAGGAAAUAAUAAAGUUCAUGUUGGACUUUAGAAAUGCUAAAAACUUAGAUAUAGUAAGAAAAAUGUGAGACUCUACACUUGUUUCGCUCUUUUUAUUCCUAAACAAAGAAGAAUAGCUGUAUACUCUGGACCUGACAGUUACCCGAAUACAUGUAGGAGUGUCUCCUGGCUCUAGAAGGUACCUCUGCAAUGGGAUUUAGACAUAUUUUAAGCAGAUACACUUAUUUUUGCUUUCCUACUUCUUUUUUAAUGCAUGUGCAUGCAAUUUGAAAUGAGCAACAGACUAAGCAAACAUCUCAUAGUAAAGUAGAUUCAUGUGUAAGAGCAAAAGCCUUUGACAUAUUAGUGACCUUUUAUAAAAUAGAAUGUUUGAGCCAAUUAGAUAACUAAAUUAGCACUUCCAACCCAGUAAUUUAGUAAUUCAAAUAUCCCUAAAUUUAACCCAAACAAAUAUAUUCUGAUCUAAAAAAAGCAAAAUGAGGAUAAAUGUGUUAUUUUGAUCACAGUGGUGAUAUGCAUGCAUUUGAAACACCUUUAUCCCAUAUUUGCCAAAAUGUUGUAUUCUAGUGCCCUACUGCAUAACAGGGAUAUUACUGUAAAUAAUAAUAGUAUUCAUUUUAAUAAUAUAAAUAAUAAUAGGAAUAAUGGACUAUUUUUUAAUUCAACCUAUUCUGAAUAAAAGGUCAAAGAAGACUCCAAACCAAAAUACAAAGUCCCAGUAUUUUACCCAGUCUGGAAUGAGUUAUUACUAAGCCAAAAAAGACAUGUUGACUUAGACAAGAAACAACCAUGAAAAAGAAUCAGGAAAUUGAUUAAUAUUUUUGUAUUUUCAGAAUGUUUAAUGUUUCUCUAAAGGUUGCAGUUUUAAAUAAAAUGAAUAAAAUGAUUAUACAAAUAUCCAUUAUUUAUUCCAUUUUUAGCAAAAGAAACAGUUCAUAUAAUAACACCAAAAAAUAUUUCUCCUUGUAUUGUAGGUAUAAUAGGUAAUAAAGCAUUUGCUGACAUUCUGCUGGAUUUGGUAACCCUGAACCU